AUGGCCGAUCACCUGACCGUUUGCCACUUGCAGUCAACCGAACCACAUUCGUCUUCUACAGUCGAAGCGACCAUCCACGUCCCUCAAAAAAGACAGCGCAUUUAUCGUGCUUGUGAUCAAUGCCGACGCCGCAAGUCCAAGUGUGACGGAGAACAGCCCGUGUGCAAGAUAUGUCAUGCUGCAAAUCGGACAUGCACAUAUCAAACUGGUGGAGGUCGACGAGGCUUGCCCUCCGGAUAUGUCCGAAGCCUUGAAAUCACUCUAGGCCUUGUUCUACAGAAUGUGCCUGGGGGCGAGAGCACUGUCUUCGGCCUUUUACGAGAUGCACGAGGCAAAGGCAACUUCCUCAAAAGUGGACAAGCAGAUCAUCUUGUGACCAUUUGGCGAAAAUCACGAUUAUCAAGAGACGUCAAUCAAUUGUUGAAACCGGAUCAUGAAGAAGCUGGUAAUGAUGGCUCUGACUGGGAUCUGGUGGAGACUCGCGAUCAAGAUGAGAACAUGGAGGAUUCAGUCACUGCACCAACGGAUUUUAGUUCGAACGAGCCCAUGAUCAUGCAGACCGUUCAAGAGACAUUCCAAACACAACAAUUAUUUCAAAACACUCCAAAAACAGUGGAUUGGCGGAUACCGGACAAUAUCCCCGACCUGGUGGACUUUUACUUCACCUACACGCAUUGCUGGUUCCCAAUUCUCGAACGUCGAGAUCUCCUUCGAGCUAUGCAUACGACUGGAAAUCGACCAACACCAAGUGAGGCAUCAUGCCAUAUGGUACUAUGGGCUGUGGUAUCUUACACCUCUAUUCUGAGAGGAAACUACGAUGUCCGCUUACCGUCUCCUUCGGCCAUCCAGCUCUCCAUCCAAGAGCAGCUUCUCGCGGAACCAAGAAGUCUGGAACUUGGCCAUGUCCAUGCAAUACUGAUCUUUGUAUUGACGCAAAUUUCCCUGGGAAAUAUCCAUCACGCCUGGACAUUAGUCGGGCAGGCUACAAGACUCUUGGCCGGCCUGCCACUUACCGCAAGGAAGACACGAUUCCGCCAUACAUUCAACGGCUGUGUCUUCUUAGACACCAUUCUAUCAUCCAUGUUAGGACGCACACCCUGCCUGUCCUUAGAUGAGCAGCUGGAAGAAGGACCGGUAGAGGACGACGAUGUAGACGAGUGGGAUGUCUGGUCCGCGACUCGCACCAACCCCAUCAACGGUGGACGCAUGUCAACCGCUCCUUUGCGUGCGCUGAGCUCCUUCAACAUCAUCCAACAACUCAUGCAAGACUUGUCGCAACUUCUAUACCAACCAAAGUCAAAUUUCCAGUUGGAGGACCUUCUCGACAAUCUUCGUGAAAGACAAGGGGUUAUACUCCAGGAUCGACCAUACAACAGGCAGAACGCGAACAAUCCGCCACUGCUCGUGCUCCAUCUCACAUCCACUUUUACGACACUGUCAUUGAUCCGUAGGUUUGAGCCGGUUUCACCUGCGGUCACAGACCUUUGCAUCAGAACCAUUCACCGCGUGCUCGAUAUACUUGAACAUUACGUUACAAUUGCCGGCGAGGCCGGAAUCUCCCCGUUAGUCCAUUGCUUUGCACUUCAAUGCCAACGGAGCCUCGGCGUCACGAACGCGGCAUUGAGCUCGGCGGAAAAGGCGGACUUGGAAAGUCGCAUUCACAAUUUCUUGAACUUGACCAAGUCGACAAAUGGCCUUGAAUGGAAGAGUCAGCCUGACCACUCGUUCACUGCUCGAUCGUUGAAUCAGGGAGGUCCCUCCGUGUCGAUGGCAAUGUCUGAAAGUGCAGUUGCCAUGACCAACAUCGCAGAAUCUUCUAUCGUGGACUUGCCAAAUAUCACCGAUACCAGUGGAUAUACCACUUCGGCAGCUUUAUCAUACGACGCUCUCUUCGAGGAGAUGGUCACCUCAUUCCCAUCAAGCAGACAAGAACCUGCCUUUGCGCAUAACCUAGGAUUUUAUGACGGAGACCUGGACACAGAUUUCCUCGCCCAACUCCAGGGUCCCUCGGGAUAA